UAUUUCGAUAUUUUUAAUAAUAAUCAAAACGCACAUUGGCAUUAUUACAAUAAUUGAUUGAUUUGCAAUAGAACAUUAAGCAAUCUCUGAUACGUACGUGUGUCUGGCUCAUUCCCUUCUGGUGUGAUUACAAUUUCUAGGCUGAUUACAAUUGCAAUGAGUACAAAUUAAUAUGAAAUCGUAUCGGAUAAGGCGAACGAUAAAAUAAAGUAGAUUUUCGUUAUAUUAAAAAUAAUUUUCAAUAAAAUACACUCGAUAAAAAAGAAGACAGUGCAAGAAGUGAACGGUGUUUGUAAACUCGGUUAUUUGAAUGUGUUUUACACGUAAUCAAUAUUAAUUGAAAGUACGACCAGACCAGAGCGCGACAUGAGCGUCGCGACAGUAAUCGGUGCCGCUAUAAAAGCAGCUACUGUCCUCCUUGGCGUCAGCAUCGGCAAAAUAACUAUAAUCCCGGUACUCAUUGCCACGCUCGCAUAUUUCAAUUACGAUCUCAUGGAUCCAGAAAAUCAUCCGCGUGUGACAAAGCAAUUGAGAGAAGACUACGACAUAAUAAUAGUCGGAGGUGGUUCAGCAGGCAGUGUGCUCGCCAAUCGAUUGACUGAGAAUCCUGAAUGGAACGUGCUCUUAUUGGAAGCCGGAGGUCACGAAACUGAAAUAACCGACGUACCGAUACUCUCAUUGUAUUUGCACAAGAGUAAAGUCGAUUGGAAGUAUCGCACACAGCCACAGAAUUCGGCAUGUCUGGCAAUGGUCGAUCAUCGAUGCUGUUGGACCAGAGGCAAGGUUCUUGGGGGAUCCAGCGUAUUAAAUACAAUGCUCUAUAUUCGCGGAAAUAGACGCGACUUUGAUGAGUGGAAGAAUCUCGGAAAUCCUAAUUGGGGCUACGAAGAUGUUUUACCAUAUUUUUUAAAGUCUCAAGAUCAAAGAAAUCCUUAUUUAGCACGCAAUACAAAAUAUCAUAGUACAGGAGGAUAUUUAACCGUGCAGGAUAACCCUUAUGUCACUCCAUUGGGCGUAGCGUUUCUUCAGGCAGGUGAGGAGAUGGGUUACGACAUUCGUGAUGUUAAUGGUGAGCAGCAAACUGGUUUUGCGCUCUUUCAGUUUACAAUGCGACGGGGCGCUCGAUGCAGUACUGCCAAAGCAUUUGUGCGACCUAUUCAGCUUAGAAAAAAUUUUCAUCUCUCUCUAUGGAGCCAUGUGACUCGAGUGCUGAUAGACCCGCGGACUAAAAGGGCGUAUGGGGUAGAAUUCAUUAAAGACGGUCGUAAACAGGUGGUGUUCGCCAAGAAAGAAGUGAUUCUCUCAGCCGGUGCUAUUAAUAGUCCGCAGUUAUUAAUGCUCUCAGGGAUAGGGCCGCGUAUACAUCUUGAACAAUUGGGAAUCCCCGUAAUUCAAAAUUUACCUGGAGUCGGACAGAACUUACAGGACCACAUAGCAGUUGGGGGUCUUUCAUUUCUAAUCGAUUAUGAGAUUAGUAUAGUAAUGAAUCGAAUGGUGAAUUUAAACACGGCGCUGAGAUAUGCUAUUACCGAGGACGGCCCCUUGACAUCCAGCAUUGGCCUCGAAGCAGUCGGCUUUAUCUCCACCAAAUAUGCCAAUCAAAGCGACGAUUGGCCUGACAUCGAGUUCAUGUUGACAUCCUCCGGACUCACCUCCGACGGUGGCACCCAUGUAAAAAAUGCUCAUGGUUUAAGCGACGAAUUUUAUAAUGAAGUGUAUCGUAAAAUCGACAAUCACGAUGUUUUCGGAGUGUUUCCGAUGAUCCUUAGGCCGAAAUCACGCGGAUAUAUUCGAUUAAAAUCCAACAAACCCUUGGAUUAUCCGCUGCUUUAUCAUAAUUAUCUGACUCAUCCAGAUGACGUGGCAGUGCUUCGCGAAGGGGUCAAAGCGGCUAUCGCCUUUGGUGAGACCAGUAGUAUGAGAAGAUUUGGUUCGAGAUUUUAUAGCAAACCAUUACCAAAUUGCAAAGACAUUCCAUUGUUUACUGAUGAGUAUUGGGACUGCGUUAUUAGGCAGUAUACUAUGACGAUUUAUCACAUGAGUGGUACCGCCAAAAUGGGCCCGUCCACUGAUCCAAUGGCAGUUGUGGAUCCGGAGCUCAGAGUCUACGGAAUUACGGGGCUACGAGUGAUCGAUGCAUCCAUCAUGCCACUCAUCACUAGUGGCAACAUAAAUGCACCUGUCAUUAUGAUUGGCGAAAAAGGCGCCGAUUUGAUAAAAGCAAGAUGGAUGCAAUUGCCUCGCUUCAAGAGAGACAAUGUUACCACCGCUACUGCUUGAAACGUUUAUCGAUUGCAUAAUUGCAUAAUAUAUUAUACGUACAGAGACGCACGGCUAAUUGAGAGAGAAAUCAAAUAAGAGCUUUAAUUGAUAGCAUUAUGUACUUUCUACACAAAAAUUAGUCUUAAAUUUGAGAUAUGAAUAGCUUACAGAAAGAAACUAAAAAGAAAACAAAUUAAGAAAACAAUGUUAUUUGUAUUUGUUCUUAUAUAUAUAAACUUUCCCAUGUAGAAUUUGUUUAUAAAGCGCAAACAUUUAGAAAUUUAUAUUUUCUCAAUAUAAUAACAAUAAAACUUGUACUCGACUUGCUUCAAAAAGAAAGUGUUGUGCUCAGGAACAUGAUAAGAAUAUUUCUAAAAAUUCAGCAUUGACCUUCAUAUUAAAGAAGUUAGAUUUUUGAGAUAUUCAUUACAGUUAACAUUUAACAAAUUUAUUAAAUUUUCAUAUUCGCGUGGAAAUUAUCAAAAAGAUGAGAAAUUAGACAUAAAUGUUGCAUACAAAAUUUGCCAUGAUUGUGCCAGAAGUCAUGUCAUUACAUAUAAUAAAAAUGAUGAUAAAUAAAAUCUUUAAACAAUG